GGAUUUGAGAGAGAUUUCGGAUACUUUUGUUCAGUUGUUGAGGCCCGUCCCUUCUCCCACGUCCUCUUUGGUUUAGUUGAAUCUGAAAAAUAUUUGAAUAGUCAUGAAUCAAGAAGGGUGCUCAAGCAGAAAUAAGAAAAUAUCCAACCGCAUUCCAGCUGGAUCACUUGCAUCUUUGCGAAAUCAAAGGGUUUCGUCAUUGACAACAAAAAGAACCUUCCAAGCUACAAGGUCAAAUGCAAAUGAAGAACGACAAUCAGAAGGUGGAUUACCUUCAUCUUUGCGAAACCAAAAGGUUUCGUUGUUGACAACAAAAACAACCUUGAAAGCUCUACGGUCAAAUGCAAAUGAAGAACGACAAUCCGAAGGUGGAUCUCAAUUGCAAGAACAAGUACAACAAGUGCCACAGAAUUGCACCUCUUCAGCAACACAAGAAGUACACGAACAAGUGCAACAAGCGAAUAUGGAUUCCAUCACUCCUGCAUCACAGGGAGUACAUGAGCGAUCUGAUGAUUCUACCACUCAUGAAGCAGUUGAACAAAUUGAGGAACAAGGCCCCUCCUCGCCAAAAAGAAAAAGAGGUCGUACUCAAAUGCCAAGAGUUCAUGUUAGAAAGGAGCGUAAAAUAAUCACUCUAAAUGAGUUUAAUCAACCCAUUGGUCCUACUAAAGAGGUUGUAAAAGAGCUGGGUAGCUUCCUCGGCACAUUGGCAAGGAGUGUGACUUUUUGUCCUCUUAAUGUAGUUAAUUGGAGGAAACUAGACACAAAAGAUGAUAUGUGGACAUAUAUCAAGGAAAAAUAUGACAUUCCCGACGAGGCAAAAAAAUGGGUUUUUGAAUCAGUUUGUAGUGCUUGGAGAAAGUAUAAAAGUCAAUUAAAGGCAACUCACUUCACAGCCUAUGACAAUGAUGAGCUUCGAAUGGAGAAUAGGCCAAUAGAUGUUCCGGAAUCUCACUUUAAGGAUCUUCUUAACUAUUGGAACUCCGAUCCUCACAAGAAAAUGUCCGAAACCAAUAUAGUGAAUCGAAAUAAGUUGAAGUGUCCACACACAGCUGGCAGAACACCUUUUGCUCUAAUUCGCGAGGAAAAAAAGAAGGAAAUCUCUGAUACUUCAGAUACUGUAUCAAGUAAGGACAUGUUUGUGGCAACAAGAAAAAGAAAACUUGGCCGCGCAUACAAAAGCUCAUAUGACAAUACGACUAGUAAAAUUGCUGAAAUGGAGAGAAUGCAAUCUACUCAGGAAAGUGAAGGUGACAAUCAUUCAAUCGAUGCUUUUGCAUCAGUCAUGGGACCGGAACAUCCAGGUCGAGAUUGUAUGGACGAGGGGUUACCAAGACUGUGUUAAAAGGGCAAAA